AUGGAGCAGAUUGGGGGUAUCCAAAUCCGCUUCAAACAUGGUGUAAGUAGCAAAAAUCACGCCAAUUACCCCGGUUUCAAGCAGGAGUCGAGGGUUCUUGCCAAGGGAACCGUUUUAAAAGAGGGUGCUUUUCCCUUGCCUUGCGACAUACUUUGGGAACGCGAUAUACCGGUCAAACUGCGCGACGGAACGACGAUUUAUAUCGAUAUUUUCCGGCGCUCUGGCCUUGCGGCUUCUGUACCUGCGAUCAUUUCAAGCGGCGGCUUCGGCAAAAAUGGAGGUGUCAAUCGAAUGAUCCUGGAUAAAUCACCAUGGAGAAAUGGGAUCCCUCAGCAAACUGUUAGUUCGUUGGAAAAGUUCGAAGCCCUUGACCCAGCCUAUUGGUGCCUGCAUGGCUAUGCCCUUAUUCACCCCGAUAUACGUGGAAGUUGGAUGUCGGAAGGUGAUUCCUACAUCAACUCAACCAUUGAUGGAAAAGAUGGCUAUGACUUGGUGGAAUGGGUAGCACAACAGCUUUGGAGUAACAAAAACGUUACAAUGGCAGGAAACUCUUAUUUGGCCCAGACGCAAUGGUUUGUUGCAGCAGCGAAACCGCCACAUCUGACCUGUAUUGCUCCCUGGGAAGGAUGGAACGAUCUAUACAAUGAUACUGCUCAACGGGGAGGGAUACCCAACCCCGAGUUCCAACAAGGAUUAUUGGACAAUUGUCUGCCAGGCCUCGGUCGAACUGAGGAUAUUGCCGCUAUGACGUAUCAGUAUCCUCUGUGGAACGAAUACUGGGAGGAUCGACGUGCUCGAUGCGACCAAAUCGAUAUUCCAAUGUAUGUCGUCGCUAGUUGGACAAAUGCUCUCCAUACCCGAGGGACUUUCCGAGGCUGGAUCGAAAGCCCUAGCAACAAGAAGUGGCUACGGGUACAUGAUAGCCACGAAUGGCCAGACCUUUAUUAUGGCCAAAAUGUUGAGGAUUUGCGCAAGUUUUUCGAUCAUUUCAUGAAAGGAACAUCCAAUGGCUGGGAGUUUACACCACGGGUUCGCCUGUCGGUAUUAAAUCCAGGGCAUCAAAAUAUUAUUAAUCGCCCCGAAGUGAAUUUUCCGUUAGCUAGACAGAUCUCCCACCAGCUAUACCUCGAUGGAGCUACAUGCAGCAUGCAAACGACUCCCCCGAAGCACAAGGCACUGGUUGAAUUUGACUCUGUGCAAGGACAGGCCCAGUUUAGCUAUACCUUCCCGCAGAUGACAGAGCUGACAGGGUAUUUCAAACUCAAACUAUUUGUCCAGGCAGUGGGAAAUGAUGAUCUCGAUAUAUUUGUGAAAUUUCGCAAAACUGACAAGAAUGGUAUACCUUUGGAGACUAGAUGCAUAGAUGCUAGCUAUCUCCAGGAUGACCCAAUAGGCGUAAAAAUUCAGCUAGAAGAAUUGCGUCGCCGCGGAGACAAAAAGGUUGAUGUUUAUUUCUCCGAGGGUUCUACUGGACGCCUGCGUGUAAGUCACCGCGAAUUAGACGCUAUGCGAAGCACUCCCCAUCAACCACACUACACCCAUCUUCACCCACAGCCAUUGAAAGAAGGAGAGGUUGUGCCUGUGGAAAUUGAGAUGUGGCCGCAUGGUAUGAUCUGGGAGGCUGGGGAGCAAAUCCAGCUAAUUAUUGCCGGACAUAAUCUACGUCCAGAAAUAGCGUGGCUGACACCGACGGUGAAAACGUGCAAUAAAGGAACAAUGGUUAUUCACACUGGACCUGAAUUCAAUAGCUAUCUACUCGUUCCUCUAGUUCCGUCUGAAUCUUGAAGAACAAUAGCGAGACUAAUUGCACACAGGUGCACAUUUUCACUACUAGUUGUCCUAUGGCUGGCUAUAGACUAUUUUUGGAUAUUGCUGCAGC